UUUGACCAAAAUAACACGAACUUUGGCCGGUUCGCCAAUAAUAACACCACCUUUGAGUUAUCCCAAAAUAACACCAACUUUGGGGGGUGUCUGCCAAAAAUGGUACAAAAAAAAUGGUAACCGGAUUUAGGAGGUAAUAUUGCUGACGUGUGUUAUGUUUUUGCCAGGUUGUCCGUUGCUUCCCCUUAACCAUCCAACGUGUUCUUUCUUCUUCUUUAUAACCGUUAGAAAAAAAUGCCUUAUUCUUCCUUCUUCUUCAUUCUCUGUUGUUCCUCUCUCAGUAGUCGUUGCUCCAUCUUCUUCCUCUGUUUCUUUGUUUUCCUCUCUCUUAAUUUGUUGCUCCUUCUUCAUCUUCAAGUUCUUUGUUUUCCUCUGCUCUUCAUCUCUCUUUAAUCGUUCGUGUUGUAUCAAUUUUAGUGCUCUUAAAAAAUUAAUCAAUGGCUACAAGAAGGUCAAUUUCGAACCAAUCAUGUUCAUCCUCUAGCAUAAAAAGGAUGGGUAAUUCGAAAAUUCGUUGCAAUUGUGGGAAUGAAGCUUUGAUUAAAACUGUGAGAAAAGGCCCUAAUUUGGGGAUGAAGUUCUACGGCUGCCCUAUGUGGCCAGACACUCAAUGUGAUUUUUUCAAGUGGGUGAAUGAGCAGGCUGAGAUGGAAGAUUAUGAAGUGAAGUUGUUGGAAAAGGAAACCAUAAUUGGUGAGUUACAGGUUGAACAAAAAAUCGCACAUGAGAAAAUAAAGAAAUUGCAAUUAAAGAAAGGAAAAUUGGAGGAAGACAUCAUAGGGUUGAAGAAUGAAAUAGUUGCAAUGAAGAUUGAGUUAAUGAAGUGUGGUAGGAAUGAAAAAACGUUGUACUUAGCAUUGUUGUUUUCUUGGUUGUUGUUUGGUGUUGUAAUUUUCCUUUAUUGAUUAAGGAAGAAAUGAGGAUGUAUGUUGAAUGUUUUAUGUGGAAAUAAAAAGCAAUCUGUGUAAUUGAUUAAUGGAUGCUUAAUUGAAUGUUUAAUGAGUAAUGUUUGCUGUUGUAUUUUGUACUUAAUUGAUUUUCAUCAUAAUUGCAAUAGCAGUGUACAAUUGACAUACCAGAGCUAGAUCAAAAGACCACAAAUUUCCCAAAUUAUUUGCACAAAAUGAAAAACAAACAAAACCAGAGCAAUAUCAAAAGACCACAAAUUAUUUGCACAAAUUGAAAAACACAACCACAGCAAUAUCAAAAGACAAAGGCAGAACUGUUAUAAUGCCUGCAAAUGUUUCA